UGUUCUGUUGUCGGCUGUCACAACAACUCUGGAAAACUGAAAAGCUAGUCAGAAACAUUUUGUCUUGAACAUCAACAACUUUGAAAGACCUGUCCGUACUCUAUGUCGAGGAAGGAGGAUCGGAAACGAGCGUGGCUAGCAGCUUUAAACCUCAAAUACCCCACGAAGAGAGUUUAUGUUUGCAUCUUUCAUUUUAUCGCUAAAAAGCCCACAGAGCUUCACUCCGACCCGGAGCUUUAUCUGGGCUAUGACCGGCCCCCACCAAAGAAAAGAAGGCGGCUCAUCUCUGUGAGCCAGACAGCUUCCAGCAACAUCAACAAAACGGCCGAAUUUGUUUCAUCCCAGACCAGGCCAGCAUCUCCACACAACCUCCUGAGCCAAAUCUGCACUCAGUCUACACACUGUGGGAAGAUCCUUCACAACAAGAUCAUUAAUACUGCAACACGUCUCGCAGUAAAGAUCUCCAGGACAAGAUGACUCAGUGUGAUGAAGUUGCAUAUUUUAUUCUUUAAAAUGACGCACAUGCUUUGCUGUAUACUGGUAUAGCCUUAGAGACAUUUAACACUCUUGUGUCAACCCUGGAAGGAUAUGACAACAAUGAUUUUACAAAUUAAAGAGUAAUUGUGUAAUAGGUGAGCUAAGCCGCCAGUUUCAUAUAUCACAGAGCAUGGCUAGCAAGAUCAUUUCAUACUGGUUAGACAGACUGGAGGAA